UCUCCUCUGCUCAGACCGCGAAUGGUAUUGGAGUUGUAAGUUCGACGCUGAGGCACGUUGUCGCGAAUUAGCCAAACACUCUCCAGAUGCGACCACCACUCGUCGAAUGCUCCUUCGUACAACAUUGAAGCCUUGGUCAGAUCUCCUUCCAACCACCAGAUAGAACCGCUGGCAUACCUGUCGGCCAUAUGUGUAGAUACUGCACACACCGCUUCGCGAGUGCGUUCAGGCUUCUCCAACGGAGGAUGAGGAAGUUCGGCCUAACAAUUCGUUGCGGACUGAGUCGGUGCUUGGGCUUGAGGGAGGGCAGCGUCUGGAUCGUUGCAACGGCAGUCUCAAAGACGACAGACUGUCAGCGAAAACGAGAAGGGGCGACGGCCAUCAGCUCAUAUAUAACAAUUGCAUGUCGCAAUUGCUUCGUUUGAGCGCAUGCGUCGGCAUUGCUGUGUCGAAUGUUU